GCGUAUGAUUGGUCAGCCAUAUUUUCAGGCUUGUUGUGCUGAAGUUUGUGUUUUGUAUUUCAGCGAUUUGUCAAUUGAUUUUAAUCUAUACAAUUAGCCUAAAAAGUUACUAUUGUUCUUUCAAUUAAUUAUCAUGUAUAGUUCUCAAGAUAAUAUGAUUACUUAAGAUGACACAUCACAGGCAAAAGAAUGUCGUACAUUGGUUCCGUAAGGGUUUACGUUUGCACGAUCAGCCAGCAUUGAGAGAAGGUUUGUCUUGUGCUACUACUUGGCGCUGUGUAUUUAUUUUAGAUCCAUGGUUUGCAGGAUCUUCUAACGUUGGAAUAAAUAAAUGGAGAUUUCUCUUGCAAUGUCUGGAGAAUUUAGACAACAAUCUUCGAAAAUUGAAUUCUCGUUUAUUUGUCAUUCGUGGCCAGCCAGCUGAUGUGUUUCCUCGUUUGUUUAAGUUAUGGAAGGUUACACAUCUGUCAUUCGAGAAGGAUCCAGAGCCGUUUGGCAGGAUCAGAGAUCUCAACAUUACCACCAUGGCUCAAGAAAAUGGAAUCACCGUCAUAAAUCGCACAUCACAUACUUUAUACAGACUUGAGAAAAUUAUUGAAAAAAAUGGUGGCAAACCUCCGUUAACUUACAAACAGUUCCAGAACUUACUUGUUAACAUGGAACACCCACCUGCUCCAGAGCCUCGAAUAACUCUCGAGGAUAUUGGGAAUGCUUACACUCCUUUGUCUGAAGAUCAUGAUGAUAAGUAUGGAGUGCCUACUUUAGAAGAACUAGGUUUUGAUACAGAAAAUUUAAAGCCUCCUGUUUGGAUAGGUGGAGAGACUGAAGCUUUAGCUCGAUUAGAGAGGCAUUUAGAACGCAAGGCCUGGGUUGCUAGCUUUGGACGCCCUAAAAUGACACCACAAUCUUUACUGCCAAGUCAAACUGGUCUCAGUCCAUAUUUAAGAUUUGGUUGUCUUUCAGCAAGACUUUUUUAUCAAGAACUAACUGAGCUCUAUAGAAAGAUAAAAAAGAUUAAUCCCCCACUUUCUCUUCAUGGCCAGAUCCUAUGGCGAGAAUUUUUUUAUUGUGCUGCUACAAAUAAUCCAAAGUUUGAUCAUAUGGUAGGAAAUUCCAUGUGUGUUCAGAUACCUUGGGACGUAAAUGUUGAAGCUCUAACAAAGUGGACCAAUGGACAAACUGGUUUCCCAUGGAUUGACGCUAUUAUGACUCAGUUGCGUGAAGAGGGAUGGAUCCAUCAUGUUGGCAGGCAUGCUGUUGCUUGUUUCUUGACAAGGGGUGAUCUUUGGAUAUCUUGGGAAGAAGGAAUGAAGGUGUUUGAUGAAUUGCUGUUAGAUGCUGAUUGGAGUGUUAAUGCUGGGUCUUGGAUGUGGCUUUCAUGUAGCUCAUUUUUUCAACAAUUUUUUCAUUUGUAUUGUCCAGUACGAUUUGGAAGGAAAGCUGAUCCUAAUGGAGAUUACAUAAGGAGGUAUUUGCCUGUUUUGAAAAACUUCCCAACCAAAUACAUUCAUGAACCUUGGAUCGCUCCAGAAAGAGUGCAGAUUGCAGCAAAAUGCAUGAUUGGCAAAGACUAUCCACUUCCUAUGGUGAAUCAUCAAGAAGUGAGCCAUAUAAAUUUAGAAAGAAUGAAGCAAGUAUACUUGCAACUCAGUAACUAUAGAGGAGCAAAUAUGUACAAUAAUGCUGUAACAACACAAUCAUGUCAACAGAGAGAUGAUGAUGGAUAUCCAAAACAUGUGAAAAGACGUACAGUUGAAUAUCCUAAAGAAGGUGAUGAUAGAAGAUAGACAAAUGUGGAGCCUUUUACUGUACUUUUCAUCCUCCUUUGACUUCCUAGCCUCUGGACAUAAUGAGAUUAAUAUACUAAACUGCAUGCAGGAUACAGAACACUUUAUGUAAUUGAAUCAUGUAAUAUCAGGUUGGUUUUUUAACCAACUUGCUGUUCCCUGUAACUUUUGUCAAGCAGAAACAUUCCAUGGACUAUAUCAAUGGGUUAAAAUUCGUUAUUUCAGUUGUUAUUUAUUUAUUAUUUUAAAAGCAACUUAAAAAUAUAUUUUAGAUACUAAUGCAAAUUAGAUUAUUUUGAUUGCCAAAUAUGUUCUAAAACUUUAAAAUUUAACUAGUCUAAAUUUAUUUUAUUAGGUCGGUGGAUUAUUGAAUACCACAAACAUUCCCUGAUUCAACUUUUCAAAAAAAUUAUUCAUUCAAAAAGUUUUUAAUGAGAAAUUAACUAUUAUGCUUGAACUCAUUGUUAACUUUAAAUAACAAGGAAAAUCAUAUGUUGUUUUUAAAAUACUUGAAAUUUGAUGAGGCACUUUUUAAAAGAAGAUGCAAAGCAGAUGAAACAUGUUAAAGGGUUUCUUUGAUGUUUUUUUUUUUUUGGCAAGGUCCUUUCAAGUAGAAUCUUUGAAAGUUACAUGGUUGAACAACACUGUUUCAAGGGUGAGAACUACUGCUAGGGUAUAAAACUAGUGAUGGUUAGUUUUAGUUUAUGCCCUAGAAUUUCUAUUUCAUAAACCAAGACAGUCAUUUUUAUGUGUGACAUUUCUUUUGAUCUCAUGAAAGGUGUAAAAAUGGGAACUAUUUGCACUGUACAAAUAUUUUAUGGUAAAACAAACUUAGAAAUUGCUCCUGAUUUCUCUUUAAGAAAAAACAACCCAUAUAUAGCUUUUUUGGGAGGGGGGGGGGGGGUGGCGAUGAAAUCAAGAACAAAGUUGACUAAAAUGAAGCAUAUGCUCAAAAUUACUGUGUUUGUUGAUAUUUGUUGUCCUAAAAAUUUGUCCUAGAUUUUUCUAAAAUCCUUACUCCAACCCCUACUUUAAUUUGAUUUCAGUAGAAGAAAGGAACUAAUAACGCAGUUAUCAACUAUUUUUAAAUGUUUUAAAAUUGCUGAAUUUUGCAUUUGUUUCGUUAAUCAGCAAUGUUGAAUCAAUCAAUAUUUUGUGCUGAUUAGAUGCAAUUAUUGAUUAUUGCCAAUUAAAGUGAAAAAAAUUGUUGCUUUCAUAAAUCAAGGAAGUAAUAAUCGGAAAUCGUGUUAAGUAUUCAAUGCUAUUGCAAAAUAAAUUUUUCUUGCUCUUUUGAAAUUCAAAUGAUGUUUUAUUAAAACUUUAUCAUAAAACAAUGUUUUUAUAUUAUUGGAGAAUGAAUUUCAUUUAAAUUUAUUGCAUUGCAUUUUUUUAAAAACCUCUUAAUCAUAUGUGAAUUGAAAAAUCUUUAUGCUAUAUUAUAAAGUAAUAUGGCUUUAAAAAUAAAAUGUAUCAAUUUUACAUUGUUAAAAUAAAAUAGUUAUAGCAGAGUUGAAUAAAAAUUGCACGCAUAAAUUAUAAGCAUUUAGAAAUUGUUCUCAUAUAUUUAAAUUUUCUUGAUAUUUUGUUCUAAUUUGUUCUAUCUUAAAGUACAAUAUUUUUCAUAUUGUAAUAUAAAAUAUACAAUAAUUCCAGAUUAUAAUGGGUACUCUAAUAUAAUUAACAUAUUCAGUAUUCAUUUUUGUAAAUAUGUAUAUAAAACUUUUAUAUGUGUAAAAUAUGUAUUUUUGAAAAAAAAAAAAAGAUAGUGUGUAAUUUGAUAACGUGUAGUUGUGGCAGAUGUUUUACUGGUAAUAACUUGCAUCAAAUAUAAAAAUGGUAAUGAAGCAGUUUAAUUCCUCAAUUGUAUUAUUUUUAAAUUUUAAGUAAAAAACUAUUCAGGAACAAAAAGAUAUUCGGCAAAACAAAUCAAACUUUAUCAAAUUAAAAGGCUUUGCAUCUUAACUUCUUUCAUAAAUGACAAAUCUUGAAAAAGUUAGGUAUUUAAGCAAAUCUUUGGGUGUCAUGUAUUUGUGUGCCCAUGAUAUGUGAUUUAAAUGCAUAUUUUGAGAAAUAAAAGUUGUUUUUGCAUUUUUAAAUCAAAAUUCUAUGGCCAUGUUAGCAAAAAAAUAAAUAAAUAAAUAAAAAAUAAAUAAAUAAAUAAAAACUACUUUUUAACGGUUGUAAUAAAUAAAUAUUAUUUCAACAUAUUUUUCUUUUUACAGGUUUUGUUUAUGAACAACUUUUAAAAAUAAUGUAUAAGUAUAUUGUGUGCAUGAGUAUGUAUGAAUGCUUUUACAGAAAUGAUAAAUUCCAUUUCAGAUCCAUGGAGUUUUUUAAAGUUGAGUGAAGUAAUGAAGAUAUUCUUAAGUAUUUUAAAUCAAAUUGUUUUAAGUGUAUGGUAUUUCUUAUUCAAGAAUAUUAAAGUAAUAAACGUUUCUCAUGCAAGAAAUCAAAUUUUUUGGAAUAUACAAUUGUGAGCAUGGAUAAAAAAUUUACUGUAAUAGAUUUUUCUUGUGUCAGGUUAUGAUCAAAAUAUAGAAAUAAAAUGUUUAAUUUUAUUUUCUGUAAUACUUUAACACUGUUGACUAAUAAAUUAUUUCUUCACUGGA